CCACAACCAAUAUCAGUUGUCGGCCAAAAACAUUGCAAGAACAUACAUCACUUGCCAUCCAUCAAAAGUGACCAACAGAAGCCGCGGAGAUUGCAGCUGCAAAAACAAUGUCGAACGAUGGAGAUUUAAACAUUGACAAUCUGAUCACCAGACUUCUUGAAGUUCGCGGAUGUCGUCCAGGAAAGCCAGUUACCAUGUCGGAGGCGGAGAUCCGUGCUCUUUGUCAUAAAUCUCGUGAGAUCUUCCUAUCACAGCCAAUUCUUCUGGAACUCGAAGCACCUCUCAAGAUUUGUGGAGACAUACAUGGACAAUAUAACGACUUGCUCCGUUUAUUCGAAUACGGAGGAUUCCCACCAGAGGCCAAUUACUUGUUCCUCGGAGAUUAUGUCGAUCGUGGAAAGCAGAGCUUGGAAACAAUUUGCUUGUUGCUCGCAUACAAAGUCAAAUAUCCAGAAAACUUUUUCCUUCUUCGUGGAAACCACGAAUGUGCUUCAAUUAACCGUAUUUAUGGAUUCUACGAUGAAUGUAAGAGACGUUUUUCGAUCAAAUUGUGGAAAACUUUCACCGAUUGCUUCAACUGUCUUCCAAUUGCUGCACUCAUUGAUGAGAAGAUCUUCUGCUGUCACGGAGGACUCUCCCCAGAUCUCCAAAAUAUGGAACAAAUUCGCCGUGUGAUGCGACCAACCGAUGUUCCUGAUACUGGAUUGUUGUGCGAUUUGCUCUGGUCUGAUCCAGACAAGGAUGUUACCGGAUGGGGAGAAAAUGAUAGAGGAGUCUCGUUCACAUUUGGACCUGAUGUCGUUGCAAAGUUUUUGAACAGACAUGAUUUGGAUCUGAUAUGCAGAGCUCAUCAGGUCGUCGAAGAUGGAUAUGAGUUCUUUGCUAAGCGACAACUUGUCACACUAUUCUCUGCUCCAAAUUAUUGUGGAGAAUUCGAUAACGCUGGUGGAAUGAUGAGCGUUGAUGAGACAUUAAUGUGCAGUUUCCAGAUUCUGAAACCAUCGGAGAAAAAAGCGAAAUAUCAGUAUCAAGGAAUGAACAGUGGACGACCAGCAGUGGGCGGAGGACGGCCUGGAACGACUGCUGGUAAGAAGUAAAGUGAUGAGGAGAAAGAACAUUUUUGCCUACAUUUUUACUCAUUUCUCUCGGAUUUUUACUUUUCUGUCCGUUUUUUUUGAAUUUCCCUUCUCUUUUAUCUCAAACAUUUUAUUAUUUUCUCGCCCUCAAUACACCCCACCCCGCACAAAAACGAGUUUUAAAUGCUCUUCAUUAUUAUUUUCUUUUCUGAUUUUCUAUUUUUGUGCAACUGUACUCGAUCGAAUAUAAUUUAAUUUUUCUGGCGAGUACAGAUUGCAAAUCUUUCUCUCUCUCCUUCUGUGUUCUCCAUUUUUAGCUAAAUUUUCUCAUAUAUUUUUUUUCUGAUUGCCUCUCUUUUUCCAUUUGCUCUUAUCCUGUUUUAUUCUUAGUUGUGAGCCUAACACACCGGGAUCAAAAUCCUUCCGAUUUAAAGUUGCAGCUUAUUUAUUCUUACAAUGUUAAUCACACAAACAUUCUGAAAGUACGAGAGCGAAUUCGUUCUUAUUUUUUAGAAUAUUGAAUUCUGAUCCGCCCCAACAACACGCACACUGAUAAUUUUCUAUGGUUUUUAUUCGAAAAUAGUGAAUUUUUCUCGACAGCUCCCCCCGUUCCUUUUUCUCGCCCCCAUUUCCUUCUUUCUUUCCUCCAACUGAUUCCAAUGAAUAUUUUUUCCAAAAGGUUUCUCUUGCGCAAGAACCAGUCACUCAA